AAAUUGAGAAGUACAAGGAUGGAAUUGCAAAUUUUCAUUUCUUUUCUAAAACCCCAAAACCCUAAUCUCUGCUCCUCUUUAUAAGUAACAGAGAGCUCUAGUUUCUCCAUCGGAUUAUCCAGACUCAUCCUUCACUGCUUCGAAGAGCCCAAUUUGAAGUUUGUGAGCAGCAAAGAACAAUGUCCAAUCCAAAAGUGUUCUUCGAUAUUUUGAUUGGGAAGAUGAAAGCAGGGCGGAUUGUUAUGGAGCUGUUUGCAGACACAACGCCAAAAACUGCAGAGAAUUUCCGAGCCCUCUGCACCGGAGAGAAGGGGAUGGGAAGAUCAGGGAAGCUAUUGCACUACAAAGGCUCAACAUUCCACCGUAUAAUCCCCAACUUCAUGUGCCAAGGAGGAGAUUUCACAAAGGGUAAUGGAACAGGAGGAGAGUCUAUCUAUGGCUUGAAAUUUGCAGAUGAAAACUUCAAGAUGAAACACACCGGACCGGGAAUUCUAUCGAUGGCGAAUGCUGGACCAAACACCAACGGUUCUCAGUUCUUCAUUUGCACUGAGAAGACUCCAUGGCUGGAUGGGAAGCAUGUUGUGUUUGGGAAAGUUGUGGAUGGUUAUAGUGUGGUAAAGGCGAUGGAGAAUGUGGGUUCAGACAGUGGGAGUACUAAGCAAACAGUUGUGAUUGAGGACUGUGGGCAGGUAGCUGAGAGUUGAAGGUACGAAUUUUGUUACAAAAUUCACUUUCAAUUCUUGAAAAUAAUGCUGUUCUUGCCAGUGUCCCAUCUAAAUUAAACUCUCAUGACUCCAAUUUACUCCAUAGUUAUGUUUAGUAAUAUUAAGAGUCAUAUUGCUUGAGCAUCGAAGUUUGUAUGUGGUAUUUUUAAUGAAGUGAAUAAUAGACGAUGUUAUUUUUUUUUUCCUACU